GUAGACAGCUUUAAAGAUGUCCCUGGACCAUAGAGGCCAGCACGAUCAUCAAAUAUAUUUAAGAGACUUAGGUUCAGCAUCUGCGAUAUUAUCAAAACGCAACAAGAUACAGUUGGUUCCCAAGAUCCUAUCUAAUGGCACCUCAUCAUAAAAUGACUCCCAAGGAAAAGAAAAGGAUUGCCUUGCGCAAACGAAUUGUUCCAAGCAAAUCCGAAAGCCUUACGUUUGACGCGACGGAACUCAACGCAGAAGCAUCCAAUAAAUUAUUCUCUUAUCUAUCCGAGAACAGGAUUCGUCUGAUAAAUCUAUAUCCUGGCUGCCUUGACGAUGAGAUCAAAUGCAGUGUUCAAGAAGCCACAUUGUCAGAUCCAUCUCUGUCUUACUAUGCCUUGUCUUAUGUCUGGGGGACCUUCGACGAAGAGAGCUAUAUAGAACUCAACGGAGAAAGGUUUCGUGUCACAAAAAACCUAGCAGAGGCUCUUAGGAGACUGAGACAAGCAGAUCAAAUAGAGACCAUAUGGAUUGAUGCACUAUGCAUAAAUCAGACAGAUAAAAAGGAGAAAGACACACAAGUCCCACUGAUGGGAUCGAUCUAUAAAACGGCCAAGAAAGUGGUCGCCUUUCUAGGCAAACAUGACGAGACAAGUCCUAUACUGUUUCGGGUUCUCAAAGACCUCGAAAGAAGAGGUGACACACAGCUUGCAUUGAAUCUCCUGGACUUUGAAGAACUGAGCACUCUUAUUCCCGCGUUACAUACGUUCUUGCGUCGAGGAUAUUGGACACGUGCUUGGGUUGUCCAGGAACUUGUACUUGCUCGGGAUAAAUGGAUUCAAUGUGAAUAUGAUAGAGUCUUAUACUCGACGUUGGAAGCUUUCCAAGAGUCCAUUAUGAGCUACCUCCCACUUAUCACCAUAUCACCAAUGGGUCCGGUUCAUAUUCGGGGAGUUGCCUAUUCAAACGAAUGGCACUCGCGGUUCCCACAACUCGGUUCGAUGGAGAAAGAGUUGUCUACAAAUGGCUUUCUUGAAGGUUUUCUAGAUGUUCGAUGCUCAAACCCUCGAGAUCACAUAUAUGCGUUCUACAAUUUGCUUGAUUCCAACAUUCAAAAUCAUAUAGAGGUUGACUACGAGAAAAGACCGGCGGAAAUCAUUUACCAAGCAGCAAAGGGUAUCAUCAUGGAAACCCAAAGUCUACAUAUAAUCACCCUUAGAGGACGACAAGUUUGGCCAUUGGAAGCAUGGCAAUACACGAUGCCCUCUUGGUGUCCUUUCUUUGGGGUUCCAUAUAUCAACGAUUCAUUACCUCCUCGAGAUUAUACACGCCCCUAUAUAACUGAAGGAAUCGCAAAAUUUUCAACAGAUGGCAAAGUCAUGCACGUGAAGGGUGUGGUAUUGGGUAUAAUCUACGAGACUGUUCCUCGAAUCCCGCUUGUCCACCAUCCUUUCAACAAUAUCAGUAUCAAGGAUAAGGCGAGAGUCGACGAUGAGCUGGAGUAUGCUUAUAAGUGCAUUGAAUUUAUCGAAGCAAGAGCUGACAAUGAUGUCGAGCUGAACUGCACAGUUCUAGGCGACAUUAUGGCUGGUGAAGAUGGGCUUCUAUCUUACCUGAAAAAAACGUCUGAACUUGGCUCGGCGCGCAUGAGCCGCUUAAAUGACUUCGCACGAUACUUUAUUUCAAGACAACUUUCCUUUUUCAGGUACGAUGACUCGUUCAUCGAUAAAUCCGGCUCUAAUAAAAUAGCGCCCGAUAGAAUUAUAUCGGAUUUUGCAAUUAUUCCUGGAAGGGCAUACACCAGGGAUAUACUAUGCGCUAUACUCGGCUCUGAGAAUCUGAUAGUACUGCGACAACAGGGUGAACAUUAUACAGUUGUGGGUGAAGCAAAAACUUUUACUCGGACAGGCGAUAAUAUCCUAGCAAAAGUUGAUCCUUCAAAAUAUAGAGCUUUUUCACUUGUGUGAUAUAAAUUACAAUUUUUAUUUUUUAUUUCUAUUUUUGAGGCAGUUAUGGUGCUUAGUAGCCUUCAAUCUACCAGAAAAGAUACUGUGAGUUUCUCCCAAGGGAUGAACAGACCUGGGAUUACUUCAGCAAUAUCAUUCAGCAUUGUAUUUGUGG